ACAAACGCGAAAUCUGACAGGUGGCAUAUGGGGAUUAUUUUCUUCGAUAUUCCACUCGCGACUCCUUCAUGAGCAGUGAUUAUGUGUCCAUAUGGUUCCAUAAAGACUGCCACAUGUCACAAAACUACAUGUAUGCUGAUACAUAAGUAGAGUGGACCAAGGUCCUUAAAAUCAGGGACAAUGGAGGACCUUCUGGAGAAGAUUCGCAGGGAGACAGGCACCCCAAAGUUUGCUCUCAUUAACAAGACUUGUCAGACUGCCAUUGACCUUCUAAGGAACAAGGAGGCUGUGAGUCAGACCCCUGUAUAUGAGCUGAGGGAGAAGUGCCUGGAGGCAUUCCAGCUCUCUCUGGAGUCCCACAGUAACAAGCUAUCCUCACAUGCUGUCACCGGAAUCAGGUUAUUGCUAAAGGAUGAGAGGUUCCAAUCUAGUAUGGAGAGUGAGAGAGAGAAUCGCUGGUUACCUAUGCAGGUACUCACAGCAGUGUGGUCCUUACCUUCCCUGGCUGAAGAGGCUCAGGUGGAAAUCAUGAAGGUGUUGCUGAACAUGAGUUUUACAACUGUAUGGUGUAUGAAUGCCAAAGUCAUCAUCAAGAUAUCUGAGGUGUUGGUUGACACGUACCCCUGCAGUAGUGCCAGUGUCAGGAGUGCCAGUAAGGCCACUAUCACCCAAAUGUUAGCUAGUUUUGCUGAGAAGCUCUGCAGCACAGAGGAGAAAUGGGUUGGAGAUGAUGCUGAUGACAUUUUGGCUGAUUUCAAAGCAAAAGAUGAGAAGGCAGGCGCUGUGAUGAGCAUCAGACAGGAUAUCGUGUGUAUACUCAAGUUCCUGGUCAUAAGGUUGUCGUCCAGUUGGCAGGGUGGCCCUCAGAACAAGUUAGUGAUACCCCUGCUUCUGGAGGGCAUACAUGCCAUUCUUCAUAAUGUCCCCUCGUCUCUGGGAGAGUUCACUGACUUCUCAGACCUUGUCUGGCAACAGCUGUGUCCAGGUAUCAUCGGGCUUCUGGGCAACCCUAAAGCUGAGGGGACGUUAAGUCAGAAGUCUGGGGGUCAGGUUCAUGAUGACAGGGGGAGGGGCUCUGGUACCUCUACUGCAGCACCGUCUCUCUCCCUACAGGCUUCUCGUGUGGUCUACAGUAUAUCUGUGGAGUUGGUGCGUUUGGUAGGAGGAAAGCUGUCACUGCGACCUGUUCUAGAGUCACUGUUUCAUCGUAUGUUGUUAUUUCCUCCCCCUCAGUACAGACAUGAGGCCCUCAAGGCUGUCAGACAGAUGGUCAGUAAUUUAGACCUUGUGGUCACACUGGUCUUACCAACACUGGACAGUUCAACAGAGAAAGAGAAGCACCCAGGAGGUCACAAGGCAGACAUUGGACUCCUCAAACUAAUGAUUGACUCCCUGAAGGAGUGUUGCCAUUGUACAGACUCUGCUGUGUGUAUCACCAGUGUGGAGUGCGUCAAUCUCCUACUCAGAGGACUUGAACAGCUCUGCGUAGGGGAAGGCUUAACACCAGAAAUCACACAGCGCAUACUCAGAUUGAAGCUUCACAUCUAUCAACAAAUAGGUCAGAGCGAGCGUAUUUCAGUGGGAGACAUACCUGUACCACUGAUCAGAGUGGAGACUGCCAGCAUCAGCGAUCAGCCCACGGAAGUUACCUGCCAUCCACCUGAUCAGACAGAUGAGCACAGAGUUAAUGAUGAUAAGGACAGUGACAGCGCCAGGCCUACCCCCACAAGUGAGGACAAGAAGGACCAGGACUCCCCCCGGGGUGGGGAUGAGGUACUACCCAAUGCUACCUGUCCUCAGACUGUUAACUUACCUAUUGAUGCAGGAAACAGUAUUACAAUGACAAAAAUAAUCGGCGAUGUCAGCGACGAGGAUCUUGAAGAGACGUCGGAUGACAGUUCAUUUCAGAACCCGAAUGUCCACGAGGCAAUACAGCUUCAGCUGGACGAAGAAAGACAUCUCCAGAUUCAGCUGAGGGCCGAAAUGUUCAAAACUAAGUUUGAGGACAUGGAACGUCAGAGUGCGAAAGAUUUUUCUCAGGUGCUGUCCAAGUUCUUACCUGUCCUGUUACAGGAGUACUCGGUGAGGGAUGUGGAUAAUGCCUUGGUCAAGUUUGCCUCCAACUUCUGCCAGAAUUUAUGUUCUCAGCAGUCAUGGGAGGAGAACACAGACCAGUCACAUGUGAUACUGAACGCUGAUGGUGUUUACAUGGCCACUAUAUCAGCGUUAUGGCUGAACCUUAGACUGUCUCUGUCAGGCUUCUAUACUGAUACAGAAUCCUCCAUACCACCGAUCAGUGAGGAUUGGUUUGUGGACAGUGUCCUGGGGACAGGGCUGCUGUUAUUCCUCUCCCCCACCUGGCUGUCAGAGCUGUACAGACUGGUCAUCACCACAGACUUCCUGGUGGAGGCUGGGUAUGUUCCUGACAUUGAAGCCACCAGAGACGUACCCCUAAUUAGCUUUCUCACAGACUUGGAUGGUUUGGGAAGCCAUGACAGGGGCAGACAACUGUUGUGUAAUGAACAAUGUGAUGAAAUCAUCCCACCUGCAGGAGACAAGAGACAGGUAGAAGCAGGUAAACUGUUGUCACGGUACAUCUUGACCUCAUGUUGGGAUGGUAUCUUGGAUGUGAUGUCUGUUCUGCUGAAUGGGGAUAGCUCCUGUGGCAUCUCCAGUAGCCUCGGAUUGAUGUUGGGCAUUGAAGGCGCUAAGGAGGAAAGUCUCAAGGCUAGGGAGGCCAUAUGUACCAGCCUGGAGGGUCUACAGAAAGCUGCCAGGCUCUGCUGCUCACUAGGUUUACAGGGUCGAUGUGGCAGUGUGUUUGCCCUAUUGGCUAACUCCUCAUGUGUCAUGGACGAUAUUCUUCAGACACCCCAGGGGGACAGGAAGGGUCCCAAGCCCCCAGGGCUCCCAGUCAAGCCCAAGCUGGUUCGGCUCCAUGCAGCACAUGUCCUCAGCAUGGAUGUUGUCAUGACCAUGGGACUGGAGAUGGGCAGUCAUUCUGCAGACUGCUGGAGUCAUGUCUUUAGAUGCUGUGCUCAUAUAUCUGAGCUAGAACACAAGUAUUUCAGUAGCGGUAACAACCAGAGCAAUCUGCCCAAAGUGCUACCAGGACAGGUCAUUGAGAGGGAGCCUGAUUUUAUGUCAGGUUUUUUGAUGCAGACAGUUCCUGUAGCAGUGGCACCCAGAAUCAAUGUGCCUGAACUCAUUAAACAGAGUGGUAUAGAGGCAGGUUGGGACAGUGCAUUAUCAGGUGGAGGGGUGUUGAGUGCUUCCCAGACUGCAAAGGCUCUGUGUGGACUGUCUCAGGAAGUGGACAGGUUGUUUGAAGAUGCUGCCAACAAGUUGAACAUGGGAGCUCUGUUGGGAUUUCUGGGAGAGCUGUGUGAUGCCAGUCAGAUCCAGCUCUCUAAAUCUCGAAGGCAGGAGGAUGGUACUGAGGGGGUGGUCCUAGCUGCCAGUCAUCUACCCACCAACGCGCUCCAUCUAUACCGCCUACAGGAUGUGAUGAUGAGGCUACUUCACAGUGGCAGACCACUACUCCACCUACUGAGGGCUUGGACAGUAGUCUCCCCUUAUCUGGCAGAGGCUGCAGGUCAUAUCGAUAGGAACAUAUCUAAGAUGGCUGUCAGUUGUAUCCAUGGUUACAUCACUGCCAUGGUCAGUAACUCUCCAGAAUUACCCCAUUUCCAUGUGAAUGAGCUGCUGUGUAAAACACUGGAGACUCUGCUGUGUUUAGAUCUGUGUGAUGGAGAUGUGCAAGACCAGGUUGUAUGUUCUAUAUGUGAGUUAGUGGAAGCUUGUACCGCUGAGAUACGCUCGGGCUGGCGCCCUUUGUUCGCUGCACUCCGAGCUGUCAAAAUCGAGUACACAGCCAACGAGGAGGUGAAUGAGGCUCGUCAGCGUCAUGUGACUGCAGUGUUGGAUGUAUUUGAUGUGUUCCUGUCGACAGAUAACGUGCAUGUGUUUGCUAAUGCUACUGUCGACUGUAUCCUCUGUCUGCUGAAAUAUGUUAGGGGACCAGGAGAGUUCCAGGCUGACCUGGAUGAUGAUUCAGACUCUGGCAGUGAUGCUGGGUUAACAGAGCCAGGAGCAGAUGAGAACCUGGCAGAACCUGCCCUCAAGUACCUGGAGAAGUGUUGCAGUAUUCUGUCCUCUAUGUGGAAGAUCCCGGUCUGCCCCGCCUUCAGCGGGGCUCACAGAAUUCACUCUGGCAGUUCCCCUACAUUGGUGGAUCCUUCCAUCCCCAACAUAGACUUUGAUGGGUUUAAGAGGGCAUUUAUAGAGGAGGAGGAUGAAGGAGACAGGGAUGGUGAAAGAGACAGAGACAUGGAAGACUCUGACGAGUCAGGGGAAGGAAACUAUCACUCCAUCACCAUGGCAGAGUUUGAGGCAGCUGAGGACGGCAACCCUGCACCGAAAAGUCCCAAGGACAAGGCACAGCUGGAAGACAAGUCACAUCAGAAAGUCUCAGAUAGGAAUCGUGCAGGGUCUGAGUGUAAAGCCAGCAGUAAGGCAGCAGUCACCCUGGUGAAUCUGGAUGAGCUGGACAAUCCCACGGGGAUACUGCAUGUGUGGUACCUGGUGCUGGAGGGACUGGCUAGUGCUAUAGCUGUCUGCCCCAAGUCUUAUCAACCUCAGACACUGGAGAUGCUGUUUGAACUGCUGAGGUCAGCAGCCAAUGUGCCAGGUCCAGAGUUUGCCUUGUUUUGUGUGAACCACCUGGUAUUGCCUAUGUUACAAUCAUGGCUCCGCCGCUCCACCAGGCUGUAUGGGUACUGGGAAGGACCCGUGGCUAACUUCAAACAGUGUUGUGGGCUGUGCACAGACUUGGUGGUGGAAUUUGUUGUGCUGUUCUCAGACAAAGGGGCUGUAGACAUCCAGCUGGACCUGAUGUUGAAGCAGCUGUUAGAUGUACUGAUUGAGUGUGUGGCUUUACCAGUGGAGGUCAUCUCCAGGCUUGGCUGCUCCUGUAUCAAGCAUUUGUUACUGAGCAGUGGUCCUAUGUUACCUGAGCCCAUGUGGCAGAUAGCUGCACGGGGGAUGGACAGAGCUAUUGAGGUGACAACGUACAGGGUGCGCCAGCUCAUGCUGCUCUUCCAGGCUAACUCUGAGAACUUCUACGGAGACAUUGGACAGGUGAAAGUGGCUACGAGGAAAGACUCAACAGUGAUGGAAUGCCAGAGAUUACGACAUCUGGCUCAACAGGUGUUUCUGCUGGACAACCAGAUGACGUGUGUGGGUCAGAUGAGCUAUGACCUAGAAACAGACAAAUCCUAUGUGUUUCUGCUCUACCCUCCCGGCUGUGAGACUAGCCUGAACCCUGAUGAUAUCCUCACCAGAGUGCCAUUCCACAGUGUGGUGGUAGGCCUGCUGUCUCAUCAGCUCUUGCUGCAGACCGUGGGCACAAUCCUUCUCCAGGGUUCUACUAACCCUGCCCUGCAGGGACACCUCCAGAUUCAGCUCUCCCCCUCCCACACUAAACCUGGCCAGAACAAACUCAAAGACAAGGGGAAUAUGCCAGGUCUGUUACACCACCUCUCCACACGAAAUGUCCUACAGCUGCUGGACACUCUCCACUCCUCCUACACGGUGGCACGGGACUUUGACCAACGCCCUGGCCUCAAAUUCCUCGUACAGAAGGUGGCCAACACGGACAUGGCGGCAAACCUGUACAAACAGGCUGUCACCAGUAUGACUUACUACAUCAGCACGUUGGUGGAGAUCUGCUCUAACCUCCAGGGUGGGACUACGGAAUCCACUCGGCUAAGCCUGGAUGGAGGGUCUGGCCUCCCGGAGGGGUCACAACUCCAGGGUCCGAUAGAGUCCAACCCUGCAGUGUUUUACCAGUAUUUGCGCACUGCCUGCGAUGAUGUGAGUGAGACGUACGUAGCACUGGUGCUGGACAAGGAAGGGACUUCAGCUAUGGACAGGAUGGCAGAGAAGCCGCUGUUCUUCCUAAUAGCCCAGGCAGAAGAGCUGCCAGAAUUCAGUAAGGAGAAACGCUGGAGGACUGUCCUGGAGGAAAAGCUGAGGCAGAGAGAGCUUCAGGCGGGAUCAGCUUUCUCUGCCCCAGUCCCAUUAGAAGAACAAGUAAAGCCAGAGACUGAUGAGAUGGAAGACCAGAGUUCUCUCCCCUUUGAUGCCGAGACGGGAAGUCCUGUGAGAACGAAGAGUAAACGUGAGUCACGGGAAGAGAAGGAGAGUAAGGUGUACACAGUGGCCACGGAUCAGACCAUUCGCAGUCUCAUCACGCAGUACAAGAGGCGCAAACAGCAGAACUCCAUGCCUAACCUGGCUAAGGGAGGUAAGCGGAAAAGUGCUGACAAGUCUGUGGAAGAGUUGAUUGAAGAGGAACAGCAAACCUCUAUCAUGAAGGACAGUGAAGCCCACCUGAAGGCCUGGUCAGAGCUGCUGGUGACUACCCUAAAGUUAUUCCAGUCUGUGUCAGAUGAGAAAUUUCUAGCUCUCCUCCCCAGUGUGUUUAAUGCAGUCAACCUGCUGAUCUGUCGGGCAGAGGACUCCAACCUGAGAGAGGCCAUGGGAGACUGGUUCCACCGUGUCGGCAGUCUCCUACACCUGACCCCCAACAGACCCUCGGCUCAUCUGGAUUCGGCCAACCAGAUCUGCGCAAAACAGGCAGACAGCUGAUGUCAUCCAAAUUCCUGAUAUUCUGUCACAAGCUGAACAUAACACAAAAAUCUUUCCACUUUGCUGAAGUUUUAUCCUUAAAACUAAACAGAAAAAUAAACAAAUUGAAUUUGUACUUAAUUCAGAAUAUUACUUAAUUCAGAACAGUUUUAGCCAGCUUUCAAGCGGAUUUAUCAGGAUGUAAGAUGUAUUGGGGGCUCACACAACUCAUGGGAUUCAAAAAUAAGCGUUUGAGUGGUUGUUCUAAGAUUAACACCGUAUGCCAAAAUGGCUGUGUGGAACCACCUGUGUCUGACAUACAAUUCACCGAAUGCCAAACUUAAAAAAGAUACAGCGUAACAGAUACUUGGACAAUACUUUGUUCAUGUGUCAGAUGCAAGGUAUUAGGUUAUGCAGGUUGAGUUAUAGGGACUGGGUGUAACACCCUUCUUUAAUGCCUCCCUUGGGGUAAAUUUUAUGAUAUUAUUCAUGUUAUUUCAUUAAAAAGAUAUUAAAUCUUUCAAGUAACAAGUGCAAGUACACACAAAUAAAACUCUGUCUGCAAUCCACUCUUCAUUUUUGCAAUCUGCUUGAUAUAACCAAAGAUGAAGGAGCAUAAAAUAUUUUAUGCGCAGAAAUCCUCAGCAAGUGAGAGCGGCGUGACAAAGGAAUUCCUCAUCUUGAUUGUUUCUGACCAUUCCAAAGUGUCCCUGUGACAAAAUAUGUCAAAAUGUACUAUACGUAUACAGAGUGUCUAUUUUAUGGCUUUUGUCCAUCUUGUCAACAUUCUCCUUCUUGUGUUUUACUUGACUUGUGCAAUCAUGACUCACGCAUAUUAAAUUAUUAGAAAUAUCAAUAUAUAUAUAUUUUACAAUUUUGGCCGCACAUUCUGGUCUGGAAAAAUGAUGUUGUCCUGUUUCUUUGAGCUAUCACCUGUUCAUUUAACAAGCAGACUAUUUUUUUAGGGCUUGAACUGUCUUAGGUCAGUGAAUACGGUUAUUAAUGUACUUAAUGGAAUUUGAACUGUUCUAGGCAUACUCAUUUUGUGUCACAAUAUUUGAAAUGUGUUGUGCAUGCUUACAUUUCAGUGCAAAUUGCAGUCUCUCAUGGACUAUGCUGUAUGAUGAGUUGUAUAUGUUCCUUUAAAUAUAGAUCUAGUAAAAAUUAUUGCCAUAAAUCUCAAUGAAAGUUGAGGUAAAUUAUGUACUUUUUUGGAGGGCCACUUUAUUUAUUUAUUUAGUACAAUUUCAUUUUACAUAUAUUGUUUUACAGCUGACUUCUGUCUCAAACCAGCAUUUGGAUUGAACUUAACACUGAGUUUUACAUUUGUAACUGUAAAUAUGUUUCUGAGGUGUGACCUAGAAAUUUGUAGGUCUAUACAAGCUGUAGUAUAUACUUAUAAGUUGAAAAGUACAUGAAAAUUCCCAAUGUUAAUUGUUCAAGUUUGCCUAAGAUGUUUAUUACAUGAGUGGGUGUUUUUACAUCGUUAUGGUGCAUUAUUUUCAUCUUGUUGACUUUAAUACAG